AUGGGAAGCAAGCCAUUCUCUACACUCUUUUUAGGUAACACUAAUUCCUUGUACAAGACAGAGAAUUAUCUGGAUAAUCCCAAUGCAUUUCACAGAUUAAUAGGGAAGCUCUUCUAUCUUACUAAUACUAGACCUUAUUUGUGUUUUACUGUCAAUCUUUUAAGUGAAUUUAUGAAGGAACCUACUAACUAUCAUUAUCAGGCUUUGCAGCAUGUCCUUAGAUAUGGUAAAUCUAGUCCCUCAGAAGGGCUCUUCUUUGCUGCCAAUUCUGACAUUCAAAUCAAGGGCUUCAGUGAUUCAGAUUGGGCCACAUGCCCUAACACAAGGAGAUCUACCAUUGGCUACUGCAUAUUUCUAGGUUCCUCCCUUGUGUAA